AUACCUGGAAUAAACUAACUAUAGCUCUCAUUGGCGUGCUCUUGCCACUACUCUUUGAUUUACUUUCCAAUCUUCUGCUUUUUCUUUCCCCUUCCAAUUUAAGUUAAUUUCAAAGUCAUUAUAAAUUGUAAACCCUUUUUAACAACAAUUAUUUCUUAACUAACGAGUUCCAUUCUCCUUCUAGUCAUCAACCCAAAGAGUAACAGAGUAAAGGACUUAUUAAUCUUGGUGUGUUCUUGUGCUCAUCCCUUUUAAUGUAACCAAGUGAUCUCAACGUUAUAGCAUGACAAGGACUUCAUACCAUCAUCUUUACCUCUAGACGGAUAAAUUGUGACCUACUGUGAACGUCUUGGGUGAAAACAAAUAAACUGAAUGAGCUGGUGAAGCUUUAGCCAAUAAUGUAUAUCUUUUCCUGUCGUCGUCGUUGUGUUUUAAUUUACAUUGCCACCUUUUUGUUUGUUGUUACCUUGAUUGCCCAUAAGAUAUAUGUAAACACACGAGUCUGGACAGAUGAACAUUGGCACCAGUUGAGACCUGUUGAGGGUCUUAUCAACUAUAGACAUAAUUAUAUAAUGCCAGGUGUGACAGGCUGCACUGGAUCAACCAGACUUUUCAUCAUGGUCUUCAGUCGUCCCGAAUCAAUCUCAACUCGCGCUUUAAUCAGGACAACUUGGCUCAACCCUGAUUUCAUUGGUAGUGAAGCAAAUUCCGUUUCAUAUAGAUUUUUACUUGGAGGCAUACAUGAUGAAACAAUUCUGGCUGCAGUGAAAAAUGAAAGUAGCCAAUUUGGUGACAUUAUUAUUGAUACAAGUUUCCCUGACUCCUAUCAGCUGCUUGUACGCAAAACAAUAUCCAUGGUUGAUUGGGUGGACACUUAUUGUUCCAGUGUUAUGGCAGUAUUGAAAUCUGACGAUGACACUUGGUUUAAUGUUGAAUAUUUGUUGAAGAUUCUUCCUUACCUUGAACCAGGUAUCCAUGGACAUGUUUUCAGGUUUGCUGGUGUAUCUAGGAACCCAAAAGAUGCUUGGUUCAUACCAUCAGAUCUUUAUCCCUUUGGCCACUAUCCUGACUUUACAAGUGGCUCUGGUUACCUGAUUGUUGGUCGUGGCACAAAUAUAUACUCAAGAUUACUUGCAACCCUGUCAACCAUUAGAACAGUUUGGAUGGAAGACAUUUUCCUUACUGGUCUGGUUGCUGAAAAGGCCAAGGUACCGCGUUUCCACCAUGACGGAUUCAAUUCAAUCAAAUACCCAACUGAUGAUAUCUGCCAAUAUCGUAAAAUAAUAUCUUCACACCAGCUUGAUGAAGAUAGUUUAUAUUAUAUUUAUUUGUCGUUGACUGACUCCAAUUUAAAAUGUGCCACAGAUUAAUCUAACCAGUCUACCAACUCAUCCGAGCCAAAGAUCAACUUUCCGUUUAAAAAUUUUUGAAAUCAACUCUGGUUUCUGUAAUAUUUCAAUCAAUUUACUUUAUUGCCUUGCAGUGCCAUUGAAUAUUUUAUAAAUCAAAUUGUUAAUAUUGCCCAUUUUACUGGCGCUUUACAUUAACACCAUUGUCUUUCAUAUCUCUAAUUGUUAUCCUUCUGUAAAUCAAGAUAUUUUCUUGUUCACAAAAUUACAAUGAUCGCAUGUAAAUACAACGAUGUCCCUGUUGAAAGUAAUUGAUUGUUUUUUUAUCAUAUGUUUUCAGCUAUUUUCAAUUGUAGAUUAUUGAGUUGCCAUAAUUCAGUGGUUUCAACUUAAAUUUAAAAAUAUGUUCCAUUAUUUCAAAGAUUUGCCUUUUACAUAAAAACAGCCAUUUAACAAUAGCUUGUAAAAUUUUUGCUUUCAAA